CCGUGAGAGAAGUAAAGCACUGUUUUGUCCCUCUGCGCUCUCCGUAAGAAAAUUUGGUCGGAGAGGGUCAAAGAGAUGGCGCCCUUUAGAAUAGGAAAGCUGAGCAGCGUGCCUGUGGGUGUGAUAUAUGCAUCUGUAAGUGUACAUCUGACCAAAGAAGAGGAAUCCAAAAAGCAGCUAGUGAGACCAGAGCAGCUCCCCAUAUAUACCGUGCCACCUCUUCAGUCUAAAUAUGUUGAAGAGCAGCCUGGUUAUUUACAAAUGGGCUUUGCAUCCAUCCGCACUACAACUGGUUGUUAUAUUGGCUGGUGCAAGGGUGCAUAUGUCUUUGUGAAAAAUGGGAUAAUGGAUACAGUACAGUUUGGAAAAGAUGCAUAUAUCUAUCUGAAGAAUCCUCCUCGAGAUUUUCUUCCAAAAUUGGGAGUGAUUACAAUUUCAGGGUUGGCAGGCUUGGUUUCAGCAAGAAAAGGUUCCAGGUUUAAGAGAAUUGCUUAUCCAGUAGGACUGGCUACUUUAGGAGCAACUGUUUGCUACCCAGUUCAGUCAGUAAUAAUUGCAAAGGUAACUGGGAAAAAAGUAUAUGCUACAAGUCAGCAAAUAUAUGAAGCAUUUAAGUCAUUGUGGACAAAAAGCACCAAAAAAGAAUCACUGCCAGAGCCUAAAGGAAAAACUAAGCUAGGAAACUCUGAUGAAACAGAAAUACCUACAGAAACAACUCACAUCCUGAAACAUUCAGUGUCUUCGCCAACGGAAUUCAGUUCUGAAACAGUGAUAAAAUCAGAACCCACCUCAGGUACUACCCCAUUUAAGCCUGACCCUAAACUCAUGGAUCAUGGGCAGUCCUAUCCAGAAGAUGAAGAUAUGUACAGCACUAGAAGCUAAAGUAGACUGCAUAAAGAACUACAAAAUGUGUGAAGUUGCAAAUGAUGAUGAAAAAAUUCAUGCAAUGGGUAACUGACAUACACAGUAUAACUUAAAUCAAGUUUUUUUUUUACAUCUUCUGGUGUACAGUUUGACCAAUCAUGUCAGUGAUUAACACACAAACUAAAUGCAAGACAAACAGUAUUAAAUCAUUAAGUGACACAAGUUGAAGUAUUAGGUCACAGUUAAUGACUUUAAUGACAUUUAUUAGAAAGCAAAAAGAUGAUAAACACCAAUGAAAUUAAAAUCUGAAUAUAUAUAUUUACAUAUAUAUAUACUAUAUAUAUUUACAUAUAUACAUUUUUAUGUGCUUUAAAUUUUCAAAAUUAAUGCCAGUUAAAUUAGAAUAGUGUGUGGAAGGAUAUAUUCAUUUUUUCCCUUUUGUUAGAACUGGAAUAAAGUAUCCACUUGUUAUGA